UUUUGGUACUUGAGUUGCAAAGUCUCUAAUUGUUAAGAUGGUACCCUUAACAAUUGGUAUGGCGGUGAUUUGAGCCAAAGGAUGUCUUUAAGUACCUAUCCGUCACUUGACAUUGAUACGAGUCUAAUGACUCAUUCUACUUCCUUUCAGAAAUGGAGUCAAUCGGAAGGGUCACUAGGAGGAACCCGACGGGCCGUGUACCGGGUGGAUCCGAGCGCGGUAGCCGGGGGUCCACUAGGGGAUCAAGAGGAAGGGGCCGUGGAGGAACCCGACGGGCCGUGUACCGGGUGGAUCCGAGCGCGGUAGCCGGGGGUCCACUAGGGGAUCAAGAGGAAGGGGCCGUGGAGGCCAACAUCAAACCGUGAGCGAUGGCCACGUUGACACGGAGAGUGAGACCUAUUGGUCUUAUGAGGACUCAACCUACCGGCCGGAAACUGAGCCGGUUGAGACCCCUUAUGAAGGGGAUGACGACGAUAUUAGUGACGAGGAGGAAAAUGGCUCCUUGGCUAGGAUUGAAGCGCUGCUCCAACAAUACCAUCGGGAGCGCGAAGAAAGAAGGGAACGCCGGAGGCGCCGUGCGGGGCAACCUUCGGGUGGGGCUCCAAGAGGAAAGAGCUAUUGUGAUUCAAGAACCCAUGUGGAAGCGCAUGGGAGUCGAGGUGAUGGAGGUCCAACCAUAAGGAUCUCCAAAUACAUCAAAGAGGCGAGGGACUUGGGGUGCAAACCGUUCGAUGGAACGGGGGACAUCUCGGUGGCCGCGCAAUGGAUCAAGAGGCUGAACGAGGCAGCCCUUGACAUGCAACUCACCCCCGAUUUCAAACUGAGAAUCGCGGUGAGGUUACUUGAAGGGUUGGCAUCCAAGUGGUGGGAUGGAACCAAGGGCAAGUAUGGAGGGAAUGUUACUUGGGAGGAUUUUCGGCAAGAAUUCUUUGCCCAAUACUACUCAGACUUUGAGGUAAAUGCCAAGGUGAGAGAAUACACUCUUCUAACCCAAGGGGGUAACAUGACGGUGAAAGAACUUGAGCACAAGUUCAGGGACCUUGCCGACCACAUACCGGAGUAUGCUUGUGAUGAAAACCGAAUGGUGAAUCACUUUUGGGAGGCCUUGGACUUGGAGAUACGUGAUAGGGCGACUCAAUUGCCCAACAUGACUUUCAGCCAAGUGGUUGCCCAAGGGUUGAAAGGAGAGAAGCAAUGGGAAGAGAGAAAGAAGAGAGACGCCGAUGAGGCGAAGAAGAGGAAGUGGGAGAACCAUGGCCCCCAAGGUUCUAACAAAAAGGGGAACCAUGGGGGAGGUGGAUCGUUCAGAGCACCGGCACCGCCAUCCAAGGGGAACCCGGCCUUCAGCGGGCACAACUCGGGCUCACAAGCCUCAACGACGCCCAGGUGCAGGAAUUGCAACAGGAGCCACGCCGGUAAGUGUCGUGAUCCACCACGGUGCUUCCAAUGCGUGAGUACAGGGCAUAUUAAACCAAAUUGCCCUCAACUUGGUGGGAACCGAGGGGCGGGAUCAAGCGGCGCCACCACGGCGAGUAGGAGCCGAACCGGGGCACCCCAUGCUAGUGCGGGGCAAGGGGGAGCGAGCACGAGCAACGCGCCGUCCGUAAAUCAAGGGAGGACUCAAGCUAGAGUCUAUGCGAUGACCGAGGCUGACGCUCGGGCUGAUCCCGACUCCGUUGCAGGUAACCCUUUGUGACGAUUGAUAAAUUACAUGUAUUGAGUGCUAAAAGUGAUAGCGGGUUUGUACGGGCUGGCCGGGGCCGAUACCGGCCGGUUUCCUAGCAAAAAGUUGCAAAAAUUAACUGCCCAGGGGUAAACCGGCGCUGGUCGAGGCUUAAACCGGCGCCGGUUCUAAUUAAAAACCUUUGUUUUGAGGUUGCCGUGGGUCAACCGGCGCCGGUUUUGGCCCAUAACCGGCGCCGGCCAAGGGUCGGGGGGACUUGGCUUAUAAAAAUUUCAUUUUCCGGGGACGCCGUAGCAAAACCGGCGCCGGUUUUGCCCAUAACCGGCGCCGGUCUAGGGGAAAAGGGGGUCGGAAAAAUCACCGUGCUCGUAACCGGGGCCGGUUUUGGAGAAAAAAAAACUUUUUUCGAAGGUGACCGAAGGUCAACCGGCGCCGGUUUUGGCCAUAACCGGCGCCGGUCCAGUUUAAUUUGCGUGAAUCCGGCCACCCCGAAGGCAAACCGGCGCCGGUCUUGCCUAAAACUGGCGCCGGUCCAGUGUAUUUUCACCCGAAAUGUUUUUGUUAAGCCCCGUUUCGAUCCGGUACGUUGGGUGGUGUGUCUUACAUGACUUAUAUAUGUAGGAACAUUAAAGAUCAAUGGUAGAAACGCAAGAAUUCUCAUUGAUACCGGGGCACAACGUUCAUUCGUGAGUGAAGCGUUUGCCGAAAGUUUAGACUUGCCGUUGAUAGUAAUGACACAACCCUUGUUGGUCUCUACACCGUUGGGAGACGAUGUGGAGAGGAAACACUACUAUCCUUCGUGUGAGGUAGAAGUGACGGGUCAACCUUUGACUUGUGACUUCUGAUAAGUGUGAUUUGUUCAUAUAUUUUCACUCACUUUUUAUAGUGUUUCUUGUUAAACUCAGGGCAAAUUGAAACAUUUUUCUGCAUUUUUAUUGCAUUUUUGUUAAUGUUUGAAAUUAGCGAUGAAAUUUACAUUUUUAGUGAUUUGUGCUUAGUUGAAGUGUUUGGGUUGUUUUUGUGUUUGUUUUUCACUUGUGUGAUUUAUAUUUUGUAGUUUGUCAAAUUUUGUUUUUCAAUGCUCUUUUAUUAUUAAUGCAAUAAACAAAUGAGCAAAUGAGGCACAUUAAUUAAUCAAAAGAAAAAAAACUGCAGCUACGCUGCGUGAAGAAAAAGAAAACAAACAAAAAAAUUAAAGAAAAUGAAAAAGAAACAAAAAGAAAAGAAAAGAAAAUGAGAUAAGAUGGAGAGUUGCCAACAAAACAACAGGAGGGUGUGGUCGUGUGGAGUCCCAUCUUUUGGACUAUCAAAGAAAAGAACAAAAAGGGCAGCUUCAAGGAAAGAAAAGAGAGCAGGACUAGAUAGGCAACCAACUGCAAUCACUCAGCCUGGGUAGCCGCAAGUAGCUCUGGACAGAGAUGCGAACAAUUCAGUCCAGACCCUCAGCUCUCAGCCGCAAGGGAGUUUCACUCAGCGGCAAGAACUCCAGAAAAACGCAGCAGAUAUCAGAUGCAAUCGGAGGUUAAUGUGAGAUAUCAACUGCUAAGAAGUUAUGGUUUCUAUAAUUUGUAUUCAAUUUCAGUCCUAAAUGUUCUAUGCUUGAUUUGUCUUUAGAUAUAAACUUCAAUAAGCUUCAAGUUUUUAUCCCUGUAUUAUUUCAAACUCCGAAUUUCUGUUUAUUUGGAUAUUUGAGUUGUUAAUGAUGUUUAUUUACUGUUUAAUU